UGGAAAACCACCCAGUCAAAGGAAAAUUUAUAGACGUCUACUCGGACUACUAUGACGACGGAAUUAAUGUACCGUAAACUACGUCACAUUAUAAUUUAUGUGCCACCGUCUAUUAGUGGGCAGCGGAAAUAAAACUGUUGUUGCAGGCGGGUUGGGUAGAUGUCAGGGUAGGUAUUGAUGAUAUGCUUGAGAAUUGAAUUUGUUUCUAUGCCGGUAUAAACAACUUUGAACGCAGGUAUGUAAAAAGCAAUAUUUUAUGACCGUUACACUUCCCACGGCCCACUAUAGAGUAUUUAAUACUGGCAAUUCUAGUAUUUUUAUUUAUGAUCUUUAGAAUGUCGUAAAAGCUUAACAUAUUAUACCUAACCUAAAAAAAAUUUAGUUUUAAGUUAACAACCCUUUUUAUUUUUGUUUGUUGUUUUUAAGGUGGACAUGCCGUCCAAAUAUAAGAGGCGUUUGGGAAGUCGCAAAUAUCGCGAUUUCUCUGGGGAAACCCUGCAAGAAGCUUUAGAAGAUAUUCAAAUUAAUAAUCUGACGUAUCGCGCAGCCGCCGACAAGUAUGGGAUUCCCAAGUCGACUCUGGAAAGAAAAUUAAAUAAAAAAAACAUGAAGUCUCCGGGAGGAUCCAUAUGGAUCGAUAUAUAUCGUUGUUCCUAUCUAAAAGAAAAUACAAAAAUGAGAAAUGCAUAUCUCUUCCCCAUCAUUUUGGACGAAGGAGAUAUAGAGCCACAUGAGUUUGUAGCAAAACUGCCACUUCCACAAAGACUGAGGAGGGGAGGAAUGGUAUUUAAGGAAAGUGCUAUGAACCAAUUUAUUAACAAUUAUUAA